GACUUCCCCGCCAUAUUUGUGUUCAUGUUGCCUACACAGUAAUCCCGUCCGUAAUUUUCAAACAUUGAAUGCCGAGUGAUGCUGUUGUUAGGUACCUAGGUAGGAUCAUCCCUGGAGUUCAAAGCCUUCCCCCGCCGCGGCCGUCUGAGGUUCUGGCUACCUAGCUAGGGCACUUACUGUUGUAUAAAACCCGAGAUCGAUGCCCAAAUCCCAGCAGCAGCUGCCCCUCGGGGAGGACGUCAACUCACAAAUCGAAAACUGCGAGCCCCCGUUCCUCGUGUUGACACCGGCGGGUCACUCGAACAAGGCCGAGGUUAAAAGGGAGAAGCAUCUGGAAAAGAAUCGUAAAGCGGCAAAAAGGUCCCGGGCGAAAAAGAAGUGGGAGAUCGCGCACAAGAAUGUCCUCCAUAGGGGGCUUGAAUCUAGGAAUCGCCUCUUGAAGACGACGGUCAGCAACCUGGAAAAAGUAAGAUGUCGUCUGCAGCAGGUUUUGAUGGUCCACGCCGGGUGUGGCGAUCCCGUCCUUGAUACGUGGAUCAUAUCCCAGACCACGAGUUCCGCUCAGCAAAAUGGAUCAAAUAAUCAAGGGGGAGCAUAUCCUCAAGCUCAGGCUCACCAGGAGGUCGGGGGAGUGGUACAGCAAGGGGAGUUAAACUUAAACUACGGACAAGAUCCCGGGGGCGUUGUACAGCAAGGCGGAGUAAACCUAAGCUACGGACAAGUCCCCGGUGACGUUGUGCAGCAAGCGGGAUUAAACCUGACCUAUGGACAUCCAGAUCCGUUCUGGUACCUAGGUCCCUUGAAUAAUAACUAAUAGACUAUAUCCAGU